UCAGAAUAUGAAACAUGAAUAUGAAUAUGUCCAAUUUAAAUGAAAAUACAAAGCAAAUUUUAUUUCAGGUCAUUCUUGUUAUGUUUACGUCAAUGUUUUUGACUCUUAAUUUUGUUUACAACAGUUUGAAUUUCCGGAAUGUGCGCUUUGCUAGGACAAUGGUUUUUUCCAUCAAAGAAAUCAACAACAGCUCAGAGCUCCUGCCAGGUGUAACGCUAGGCUACCAGAUCCAUGACUCAUGUGCCUCCGUGCCAGUAGCCGUGAAGGUGGCAUUCCAGCUGGUAAAUGGCAUUGAGCCAGUCUUCUUUCCCAAUCAGUUCUGCUCAAAGUCUGCCACUGUGCAUGCUGUUGUGGGCGACUCUAACUCUACUCCUACCAUCGCCAUGUCCAGAGUUCUCGGACCCUUUGGCAUCCCCCAGGUGAGCCAUUCUGCUACCUGUGCUUGUCUUAGUGACAAGCUGCAGUACCCCACCUUCUCGAGGACCAUUCCCAGUGACUACUUCCAGGCAGAAGCCCUGGCUAGACUAGUCAAGCAUUUUGGCUGGACUUGGAUCGGGGCGGUGCGGAGCGACUCAGACUAUGGGAACAACGGGAUGGCCGCCUUCCUGCAGGCCGCACAGGCAGAGGGCAUCUGCGUGGAGUACUCUGAGGCAUUCUACAGGACUAACCCUCGCGCAAAAGUGCGACGCGUGGCAGAGGUCAUCAGCAGGUCCACGGCCCGCGUCGUUGUGGCGUUCAUUGCCUCGGGCGAUAUGCUGGUCUUGCUGUCAGAGCUGGAAGACAGGCUGAUGACCCCGCUACAGUGGAUUGGGAGUGAGUCAUGGGUCACUGACCGCAAGAUGUUGCAGUUCCGUCUGUUUGCCGGUGCCAUCGGCAUCGGCAUCCCCCGCUCAGUCAUUCCUGGGCUGAGAGACUUCCUGUUGGACCUGGGGCCGGCACAGGUUUCCCACUCACCGCUCCUCACAGAGUUCUGGGAGAGCGCAUUUAACUGCAGCCUGGGGGGAAGUCAGACUGCAGCGGGCCAGAAAACAUGCGAUGGAAACCAGAAUCUGCGAGAUCUGCAGAAUCCCUACACAGACACAUCCCAGCUGCGCAUCUCAAACAUGGUAUACAAGGCUGUGUAUGCAAUAGCCCAUGCCAUACACAGCAUCAUCUGCACAGAUGAACCUAACGCUCCACCCCACUGCAACAAAAGUAUCCCAGUUGAGCCACAGCAGGUCAUGGAGCACCUGAGAAAAGUGAACUUCUCCAGGAACGGGUACAAAGUCUCAUUUGAUGCUAAUGGGGAUCCGGUGGCCACUUAUGAGUUGGUGAACUGGCAGGUGAUGAGGGAUGGGCACAUGGAGUUUGUGACUGUGGGCCACUAUGAUGCAUCUGCUCCAGAUGGACAGGUGUUGAUCAUGAACAAGAACAUUACCUGGGCAGGUGGCCAGCCACAGGUGCCUGUGUCAGUGUGCAGUGAGAGCUGUCCCCCAGGCACUCGGAAGGCUGUGGAGAGAGGAAGGCCUGUCUGCUGCUACGACUGUGUGCCCUGUGCUGAGGGAGAAAUCAGCAAUGUCACAGAUUCACUGGACUGCAUCACAUGUCCAGCCGACCACUGGACGAAUGCUGGGAGGGAUGAAUGUGUACCCAAGCCUGUUGAGUUCUUGUCCUUCCACGAGGUUCUGGGGAUUAUCCUGGCAGCUUGUUCUGUGACUGGGGCCUGCAUGGCCUUCAUGGUGGCUGCCGUGUUUUACAUACACAGGGACACUCCCAUUGUGAAAGCCAACAACUCAGAGCUGAGUUUCCUGCUGGUAUUUUCAUUAAAACUGUGUUUCCUUUGCUCUCUUACCUUCAUCGGCCAGCCUUCUGAGUGGUCCUGUAUGCUGCGCCACACUGCGUUUGGGAUCACCUUUGUUCUCUGCAUCUCUUGUGUUCUGGGAAAAACAAUAGUGGUGUUAAUGGCUUUCAGGGCUACACUUCCAGGCAGUAAUGUCAUGAAGCUGUUUGGCCCUCCCCAGCAGAGACUGAGUGUUCUUGCUUUCACUCUCAUACAGGUCCUUAUUUGUGUGCUUUGGUUAACAAUAUCCCCUCCAUUCCCCAACAAGAACAUGAAGCACUACAAUGAAAAGAUCAUUCUAGAAUGUGAUGUAGGAUCAGCAGUGGGGUUCUGGGCUGUACUGGGUUAUAUUGGGCUCCUCUCUAUACUGUGCUUCGGUUUUGCUUUUCUGGCUCGUAAGCUGCCUGACAACUUCAAUGAAGCCAAAUUCAUCACAUUCAGCAUGCUCAUAUUCUGUGCAGUCUGGAUCACUUUUAUACCAGCUUAUGUCAGUUCACCUGGAAAGUUCACUGUAGCUGUGGAGAUCUUUGCUAUUUUAGCUUCCAGCUUUGGUCUGAUAGUAUGCAUUUUUGUCCCUAAAUGCUUCAUAAUAUUGUUUCAGCCUGAGAAAAAUACCAAAAAGCACAUGAUGGGGAAAAUGCCAUCGAAAUCUCUUUGAAGCAGAGACGCAAAUGUCAGUAAUGUUUAUGGAUGAUUUUUAAAAAAAAAUCUUACUUAAAAUGUAUUUCUACUGUACAUUUCUUUAAGUGAAAAAGUGCCUAUCUCUAAAUAUCUCUGAGGACCAUAUGUUUUAUCUCUAAUAUUAACUUAUCUGGAGCCACAGACCCUCAGGGAUUUCAUGCUAUCAAUAAAAGAUUGAUUUAUGAUG